UUUGUGAGAGCUUUUAUCUCGGUGGACCUCGAAAGAUGAGUAGACGGGCAGCGCCCGCCUGGAACUCCGUCGUCUUCGGUUCGGCGUUCGACCCGCAGUCGGCAGCCACUUGAGGCGUGUAAGUGAAAUUGCAAGGGCCUAGCAUUAUCCUCUCUUGUUGUCUCUUCCUCCAAGAGAGACUUUGCUAUUAUAUUCAGAUAAAGCCAUCGUGGAACCGGCAUAGAAACGCGACGUGAACGCGCCUUCACCCAAAUAUUCCUCCUCCCCAUCCUGCCCCCUCUCUCCUUCUCCCCAUCCUGCUCCUCCUCCCUCCUCCUUGGAGACUACCUAGCCCUCUCCUCAUCCAUACCAUUCGCUCCGUCCUCCACACCUAACGACUCCCUAGCCAUGAUCGAGAAACCGCCCAUCCGGAUCGGAAACGUCUCGGGCGCGACGGGCGACCACCCCCACGCUAUGGCGCGCAUGGUCCGCUCCGGCAACGUCCACGUCGUCACGGGCGACUGGCUCUCCGAGAUGAACAUCGCCUGGAACGCCAUCACCCGGCGCGACGUCGACCCGGGCCUCGGCUACGAGGUCGGCUUCUACGAGCAGCUCGAGGCGUGCCUCGACGACGUCAUGGCCCGGGGGAUCCGCGUCGUCACCAACGCCGGCGCCCUCAACACCGCCGCCCUAUUCGACAAGGUCAGGAAGCUCUGCGAGUCCAGAGGCUACCCAGCGGGCUCCGUCGCCGCCGUCCUCGGGGACGACGUUUCCGGCCUGUUGCAGCGGGAUCGGUCGUCGACGAGGCGGCGAAGAUAUGACGACGAUGACGACGACGACAGCCUGACAUUCCCGCACCUUGACCACCCGCACACGACGCUCGACGACUGGGAAUUUGAGCCCUGCUGUGGCAACGCCUACAUUGGGUGCUGGGGCAUCGUCGAGGCCCUAAGGGCGGGUGCGCGCAUCGUCGUCUGUGGGCGGUGCACCGAUGCGUCGCCCGUCAUGGGAGCCGCGGCGUGGUACUACGGCUGGCGCGAGAACCAGCACCAGGAGCUCGCUGGCGCGCUGCUGGCGGCGCACCUCAUCGAGUGCGGGCCCUACGUCGUCGGCGCCAACUUCUCCGGCUUCAAGGACUUCCUCCCGGAGCUGGUCGACCUCGCGUUUCCCGUCGCCGAGAUUGGCCGCGACGGGGGCUGCGUCAUCGGCAAGACGGCCGAGGGCGGCGGGCGUGUCACUCGGCAUACGGUCACGGCGCAGCUUCUGUACGAGCUACAGGGCCAUCUGUACCUCAACCCGGACGUGGUGGCGGACCUGUCGCACGUCCGUGUCGAGGAGCAACAUGAUGGCUCCGGGGAGGAUCGAGUCCGCGUAUGGGGCGUGAAGGGUCUGCCGCCGCCGCCCACGACAAAGGUCAUGUUCGCCGCCGAGGGCGGGUACCAGGCCGAGGCGACGUUCUACAUCAACGGCCUCGACGUGGAGGAGAAGGUGGCCAUGAUGAAGAACCAGCUGGCCCACCUCUUCAGGGACAGCAACUUCAGCCGGCUCAGCAUCGAGCAGUACGGCACGCCGACGCGGAACCCAAGCUCCCAACAGGCCGGCACCGUGCAGCUUCGGGUGUUCGCGCAGGCAAGGAAGAAGGAGGACAUCGCGGCCGUCAAGUUCAAAGUGCCCAUCUACGCCGUGCGGAUGCAGAGCUACCCCGGCUACCACAUGUCGCUGGACUUCCGGACCAUGGACCCGAAACGGUUCAUGGAGAUCUUCCCGGCUCUGAUGCCUCAGUCGGCCAUCGAUCACCGUGUGCUCUUGGGUACCGGUGAGCUGGUACACAUCCAGCCGCCGAGCAACACAGCCACGUACAAGGUCGCUCGACCGUCCUCCGACACGGCGGACCCGGUCGACCUGGUAUCGCUGGGUCCGACCGAGUUCGCGCCGCUAGGCAGCAUCGUCCAUGCGCGGUCCGGCGACAAGGCUGACAACUCCAACGUCGGUUUCUUCGUUCGCCACGAGGACGAGUUCCCCUGGCUGCGGACGCUGUUGUCGGUCUCUCGACUGAAACAGCUGCUGGGCGACGACUGGUACAAAAGCAAUCCGGAUCGGAGGGUGGAACGGGUUGAGUUCCCUGGCAUCAACGCAGUGCACUUCCGCAUCCUCGAUAACUUGAAUGGAGGCAUCGCGUCUUCAGAUCGAAUAGACGGUCUCGGUAAGGGAAUUGCAGAGUACCUACGGAGCCGGUACGUCGAGGUACCGAGGGUCUUUCUCCAGAGAGGGCGGAUAUGAUGGAUAUAUAAUAGGCAAUGUAGAUUUGUUCAGUUAUAAGUAAUACCGUUUCGUU